CUGACCUGUGAGGACGACAACAACAGGUCCGUCUUCAUCAUCUUCAUCAUCUUCAUCCUCAGACUGGAAACACGUGAGUCGGAGACAGAACAGCUUCUGUCUUUGUCAUUUCUUCUUCAGGAACCAGAGGACGGAGCGACAGAGAACGACGACAUUCACACUGGGCUGAAGAGUCAGAGAGUCAGAGAUUAAAAUGGGCUGCUUCACAUUUGUUAAACUGAUGAUGAUCCUGUUCAACCUGCUGAUCUUCCUAGGGGGCCUCACCCUGCUGGCUAUGGGUAUCUGGGUGACGGUGGACGGCAGCUCCUUCCUGAAGAUUCUGGGUCCGUUCUCAGAUCAGAGUAUGCAGUUCGUCAACGUGGGCUUCUUCUGCAUCGCCAUCGGGAUCGUCCUGGUGCUGCUGGGGCUGUUGGGCUGCUGUGGCGCAACCAAGGAGAGCAAGUGUCUGCUGCUCCUGUUCUUCUGCGUCAUCCUCAUCAUCUUCAUCGCUGAAGUGGCAGCAGCGGUGGUGGCUCUGGCCUACUCUUCCUUUGCCGAGGGGAUCCUCAGGGCCUGGGCCACCCCCGCCCUACAGGAGGAAUACGGCAGGGAACCAGUGGUCACUAAGAUCUGGAACACCACCAUGUCAGAGCUGAAAUGCUGCGGCUUCACCAACUACACAGACUUUGUUGGAUCGACGUUUGAGAAGGAAAACGACGGCAGUCUGCCACCAACCUGCUGCUGGACCAACAGCACCCCCUGCAGCCCUGUUGAAGCAGAGCGCAGUGACGUGCAGGGAUGUUUUCAACAAAUCCUGCAGAUCCUGAAGGACCACGCCAACAUUGUUGGAGGAAUCGCAGCAGGGAUCGGAAUCUUGGAGAUCGCUGCUAUGACUGUGUCCAUGUACCUGUACUGUCGCCUGGACAACAGAACCAGCUGAGGUUCCACCAGAGAACCAAACACCGCACAGCCCAGACACCGACCGAUCACAGACAAAUCUCAGAUUAAUCACAGACUUAUCUCAGAGAAAUGUUUAUUAAAUUCUUAUUUUGAUCUAAAUAUAAUUUCUGUCUGUGCUGCCUGACUCUACUGGCGUUUGUUUUUCUUCUCUCCUGUGGGAAUAAGUAGUUCUACUCUGACUCUAUGCUGAUGAUGCCAAAUUAAACAUAUAUAAAUGAAUGUAGUUAUGAAGCGAUACAGUCACAGGUGUCUCUGUCUUUUGUUUUAUAUAAGUGUAAAUAAAUCAAGGAAAGGAAUAAAAGGACUCCAUGUUCUGGUCGUUCUAUUUCUGUCCUUUCAGAAACACAGGUUUGUGACUCUUUCUCACACACACCCACACACUGGAACCUGUUUCCUGGUCAUAGUGCGUGUCAAGGUCAGGGCAGUGGAGACAAGAAGCCACAGGAAGCUCCGCGGCUGCAGUGAAUCCACAGAUUUACAUACGUUUCCCUCAGUCUGUAAAUGUCCAGGUGCCAUGA